GUGCCAUAACCAACAGAAAACAAUGUCUCUUAUUCUGAUAUUGGGAACACUGGGUCUGCUUGCUCAAGGGUCCUAUCAGGAGGUCCAGUCUCCUGAAUUUCUGUCUGUUAAAGAAUCAGAAUUUGUCUCUAUUAGCUGUACUGGGACCAGUGGAGUUGAUGAUGACAUGAGCUGGUAUCUACACAAAACUGGAGAAGCUCCUAAACUCCUAAUCUAUAAAGCAAACAAUUUAGAAACUGGAAUCUCAGAUCGGUUCAGUGGAAGUCAAUCUGGACUCCUUUUCACACUGACCAUACGUGAAGCCAAACCUGAAGAUGCAGGAGAUUAUUAUUGUAUGGGGGUUUAUAGUGACGGCAGGUGCACAGUGAAAUUCUGUCAUACAAAAACCUCCCUUAGUCAGAAAGCAAAGAGAGAAGCUCACCACCAUAUCAGUAUGCUGAGACAGAUAACCUGUUUGUCUUGUGAUACUAUCCACUUGAAAUUUUGUGUUUUGGGACAGGUUGUUAUGAAUCAGCCUGAAGUUAAAUCUGCUCAGAUUGGUCAGAGCGUCUCUAUUGACUGUAAGGUCAACACUGUAGUUUAUAGGGUUCCAACGGGUUCAACAUCUAAAGAUUACUACAUCUCCUGGUAUCUUCAGAGAGCAGAGGGUCCCCCUAAACUCCUGAUAUAUUACACAACAAUGAAGCCCUCAGAUUCUCCAUCCAGAAUGAGUGGUGGAGGCAGUUUUCACUCUGGAGGAAAUGGUCUUGAUUUCUCUCUCACCAACAGUAAUGUCCAUCUUGAAGAUGCAGGAGUAUAUUACUGUAUGAGUGUGCAUAGGAUCAGUGACAAAUGGGUGUUCACACAAUGA